AUGCUGAUAUUAGCAGUCGAAAUUGUCGGAUAUAUCGGGCGUGCCGUAUCAAGCAAACAGAGUCCGGAUUGGACUCUGGGCCCUUACAUCGUGCAGACACUAUGUCUUCUCCUCGCCCCAGCUCUUUUAGCAGCUUCAAUUUACAUGCUGCUCGGCCGCAUCAUCCUGGUUCUGCAGGCAGAAUCGCAUGCAAUUGUGAAAAAGAAGUGGCUCACCAAGAUUUUCGUUGCUGGUGAUGUGAUGUCAUUUCUUUUGCAAGGCGCCGGUGGGGGUAUUCAGAGCAGCGGGAGUCUUGAUGGCAUGAAGAACGGCGAGAGAAUUAUCAUUGUCGGCCUUUUCGUCCAAAUCAUCUUUUUUGGUUUCUUCAUUGUUGUCACAGUGCUGUUUGACCUGAAAUUACGCAAAUACCCUAUCCCACGCUGCUUCGACAAUGGGAUCCCUUGGCGCAGACACCUCAACAUGCUAUACACGACAAGUGUAUUGAUCCUGGUCCGCUCGCUAUUUCGACUGGUUGAAUACAUACAGGGCAAUGCUGGCUUUCUUCUACGACAUGAGAUUUUUCUAUAUGUUUUUGACGCACUGCUCAUUUUCAUUGCCAUGGUUGCCUUCAAUGUCACUCAUCCCGAUGGAAUCACUCGUCUUUUGAAAACGGUACCGGAAUAUGAGUUAACUUGUGCUCCGGAUGAGCCUGUUCGUUGA